AUGGCCUCCGCGGGGUCCCAAGUGGCCGAGCUUGCCUCCAAGCUUUACGAUGCAUGCGUGAACGAAUUCGACCCGGACCACCUCUUCUACCAGAAUGAUUUCCUCAAUCUCAAAGUCAUUCCCAAGAAUGACGUCGCAUUACUGUUGCAAUGCGCCCAGAGCUUGGUCGAUCAAAAUCUUUUCCGACUUCUCCAAAAAGAUGGAAAAUUGACUUGGCGACUGAUUGACCGCGAGGACGCUGAGAAACUCCGCAACCUCACACCUGACGAGGCGAUGGUUUACAAUGUCAUUCACUCGACAGGCAGGACAGGCAUUUGGGUGCGACACAUCGGAAGCCGCACGAAUUUGCACAAGUCAAUCCUGGACCGCUGCCUCAAAUCGCUCGAGAGCAAGAACUACAUCAAAUCUCUGCACAAUGUCAAAUAUCCCAGCCGGAAGAUGUACAUGCUGGCCGGCCUUGCUCCAAGCGAGGAGGUCACGGGCGGAGCAUGGUUCACAGACGGUGUACUCGAUGCCAACUUCAUCAACACAGUCGCCGGCUUUAUUGAAUUCACAGUCAGCAAACUGAGCUGGUACGAAGUGCCGGCCUCAGACAGCGGCCGCAACAAGCGCCUCAAAACCGCCUCUGGAAAGGCUGACGUCAAGUCCGACGAAAAGAUGUUCCUCCCUUACCCGCACGGCUACAAGGGAUACCCCAACGUGCAGACGAUCACCAGCGCCGUCAACAGCAGCGGCAUCACGCCUGUUCGGCUGGGAGACGAGAGCGUCGUCCAAUUGAUGGAGAUGCUUUGCUACGACAACAAGCUCGUAUCCCUUGGAGCGGGCGAAUACUACCGAUCCCUCCAAAGUCCCAGCGCCAUCCAGGCCAACCAAAAGCGCAAGACACCCAUCGAAGGCGACGACCUCGCCGUCGUCAACAAGCACCUGGUGAAGAACGGCAUGACCGAAGCACCCUGCGGCCAGUGCCCCGUCUUCCGCCUCUGCUCGCCCGGCGGCGCAGUCAGCCCAGAGACCUGCGAGUACUUCGACCCCUGGCUGAGCAACGGGCUCGGUUUCUAA